GGGUAGUAAAACACCAAAGGACUGACAAGGCUGCAGUACAGCCCCUCUUUGCUUGCAUUUGGCCUCCACAAACAUCUGAGUCGCGACUUCCAGCGCAGGAUGUGGUACCAUAAGUUGUUGUACCAACAAAGCAGGCUCCAGAACUUGAUGAAGAGAGGAGACAUAGCUCAAGGUCUUCAUCUGUCCAACUUUAAAAGUUUAUUUUCAUUAUCCAUCUAUUGGUGCCAUACAGCUUCCAAAUCUGUGGAUUGUACUUGGCACCAACAUGAAGAUCAUUUGGAAUUGCAAUAUGCUAGCACUGUGAUGCGCUUUGAUUAUGUCUGGCUUCGUGACCACUGCCGCUCAGCAUCAUGCUAUAAUUCUAAAACUCACCAGCGGAGCCUGGACACUGCCAGUGUGGAUUUAUGUAUUAAGCCAAAGACAAUUCAUCUGGAUGAAACUACACUCUUUUUCACAUGGCCAGAUGGUCAUGUGACUAGAUAUGAUCUGGAUUGGCUAGUGAAAAACAGCUAUGAAGGGCAGAAACAAAAGGUUAUCCAACCUAGAAUAUUAUGGAAUGCUAAACUCUACCAGCAAGCCCAAGUUCCAUCCGUUGAUUUCCAGUGUUUUUUAGAAACAAAUGAAGGGUUGAAGACGUUUCUGCAGAACUUUCUGCUGUAUGGAAUUGCAUUUGUAGAAAAUGUCCCUCCCACUGAAGAGCAUACAGAAAAGUUGGCAGAAAGGGUCAGCUUAAUCAGAGAAACCAUCUAUGGAAGGAUGUGGUAUUUCACUUCAGAUUUUUCUAGAGAUGACACUGCAUACACCAAGCUAGCUCUCGAUCGGCAUACUGACACUACCUACUUUCAAGAGCCCUGUGGCAUUCAAGUAUUUCAUUGUCUUAAGCAUGAAGGAACAGGUGGCCGAACACUGUUAGUGGAUGGAUUCUAUGCAGCACAACAAUUACUUCAAAAAGCACCUGAGGAAUUUGAACUCCUUAGCAAAGUACCAUUGAAGCAUGAAUAUAUUGAAAAUGUUGGACAAUGUCACAAUCACAUGAUUGGGGUUGGGCCCAUCUUAAAUAUCUAUCCAUGGAAUAAGGAGCUAUAUUUGAUCAGGUACAACAACUAUGACAGGGCUGUCAUCAACACUGUGCCUUAUGAUGUUGUCCAUCGUUGGUAUAUAGCACACCGAACCCUAACAACUGAAUUGAGAAGGCCUGAAAAUGAGCUUUGGGUCAAACUGAAGCCUGGAAAGGUACUAUUUAUAGACAACUGGCGAGUCCUUCAUGGCAGGGAAUCAUUUACUGGCUACCGUCAACUUUGUGGCUGCUAUUUAACUAGAGAUGAUGUAUUGAAUACUGCUCGUCUCCUGGGUCUUCAUGCUUAAAAUUGAAAGCACUAGGAUUAUGAAUACACUUGGCACCAUACUACCAGAAUUUUAUAUCAACAGAACAAUAUUGUGUUAAAAUUUGCUUCAUAUUAUCUAUUUCCCAUUCUAUAAAGCAGAAGCUUUUCCUUACUUUUCUAGGAGAAGCCUGUUAAAGAAAGGCUUCUGAGUUGUCUAAUAUCAGCCAUCUAGUAGGGUGGAUUUCUUCCAAAGUUAUAAUAUGAGUCUAAUAAUUUCCUAAUCUUUUUGAUAUAAUUACUGUGCUUAAGAAAUAUAAUCUCCAUAUUAAAAGGGAACCAAUAUUACACAAUUUGUCUUCAGCUAAAUCAGAAUGCAAUAUAUUCUAGAAAUGACAAAAUACUUCUAAAGCUACAUUUGUAAAACGUUUUCAGGUUUUGUAAUUGGAUUGACUAAGAAUAUAUGCUUACUUAUAUUUUGAAUAUAUCCUAUAUCUUCUAGCACCUUCCAGUUUCAGAGGUUGAUGGGAUUUUUUUUUGAUGACUGAAUAGUAUUCCAUUGUGCCACAAUUCAAGAUUGAUUCCAUAUUUUAUCUACUAAUGGUAAUAUAUCAACAAACAUGGGCCUGCAGAUAAUCUGUGAUAUACGGGUUUAAUUUUCCUUUGAUAUGUAAUAUACCCAGAGAAAGCAUAUGGAUAAUACAGUAGUUUUAUUUUUUUUUAACAUUCUUGAAAGCUGUGUUCUGCUUCCCAUAAUAAAUAUAUUAAUUUACAUUCCCAUCAA